AUGCCCCUGCGGGUGAAGUGGCCUUUCCCCCCGGUGCCUCCCCUGUCCUGGACUCUGGCCAGCAGUGCGGUCCUGGGCCUCAUGGGGACCUACAGCUGCUUCUGGACCAAGUACAUGAACCACCUCAGCGUGUACAACAAGGAGGUGCUGUACGAGCUGAUCGAGAAGCGCGACCCCGGCACCCCCCUGAUCACCGUCUCCAAUCACCAGUCGUGCAUGGAUGACCCGCACCUCUGGGGGAUCCUGAAGCUGCGCCACUUCUGGAACCUGCGGCUGAUGAGGUGGACGCUGGCGGCCGCGGACAUCUGCUUCACCAGGGAGCUGCACUCGCACUUCUUCAGCCUGGGCAAAUGCGUGCCCGUGUGCCGAGGAGACGGCGUCUACCAGCGGGGGAUGGACUUCAUCCUGGAGAAGCUCAACAACGGCGACUGGGUGCACAUCUUCCCCGAAGGGAAGGUGAACAUGAGCCAGGAAUGCCUGCGCUUUAAGUGGGGGAUCGGGCGCCUGGUGGCCGAGUGCCACCUCGACCCCGUCAUCCUGCCCCUCUGGCACGUGGGCAUGGACGACGUGCUGCCCAACGUGCCGCCCUACUUCCCCAGAGUGGGGCAGAGAAUCACCGUGCUCGUGGGCAAGCCCUUCAGCCCCCUGCCCGUUCUGGACCGGCUCCGAGCCGAGGAGAAGUCCGCCGUGGAGAUGCGCAAAGCCCUGACGGACUUCAUCCAGGACGAGUUUCAGAACCUGAAGACGCAGGCGGAAAUGCUCCAUAACCGCUUGCAGCCCCUCAGCGAAUAG